AUGACGGCUGACCUAUAUUACAUAUGCUUUUUUGGGCAAGAAGCGAUGGCAUCUAUUCUAUCACGGGCGAGGAAGACAGAUGGCCUACUCAUAACUUCUCGCUCUAGCCAGAAGCGCGAUUUUGCAAUUUUACCUGCAGCUCGCGGCAAAAAUAAGAAAGAAACAAAAGAGCUGCCACGACUCAAUUGCCACAAGCGUCUUCAAGAUUCUCUGUCGGCCAGUGAUGACGAUGUAGCUAUCUCACGCAAGAGAGCUAAAUUGACACUCACUUCACGACCACGAGCCAGAAAUUAUGGCGUCUCACCUAACUCCGCUAUCAUCUCGAAACCACGAUGCUCCCCUCAGCCACAACCGACGAUGCCUGUUGAAUCCCAGGAAUUAAAGUCACGGCCGAGUGGCCAUCUAUCCCCAAACAGCAAUUGUAAAUGGCAGGCACCCCAGCAACCGCAAAAUAAUUCGAUAGAUGGGCAAGUAAACGGUGUGAAGCGGAAAUUACGUUCACAGGAAUCUUCCCGCUUCAAAAGUCAACUCUCUACAUACUUCCCUGAAUAUGAUGAGGUGGUUGGAAAUAAGCCCAAGGAGAAUCACAUUCUAAACAGUGAAACACCUAUUAUAGUUAUCGAUACCGCAAAAAAAUCUUCUCCUUAUGCCUCUCCCAAAAUCCCUAUCAAUCUUCCCUUGGCUGAGUUUGCUGAUAUAAAUCUUUCAAGUUCUGGGGAAACAGCUUGGUAUGACGACAUAACUCUCCCUAAUCUUAGAGAGAUAGAGGAGGUAGCCUGCUCUCUUGACCCACUUUGUGAUGAGUACUUUGAAUUGAUGCAUAAAAAGCCGGCACGAGCGGAAAGGGCUCUACGGAAAACCGAAAAAGAGCGGGCCCAGCACGAAAGAGAUCAGGUCAUAAGAUUGCUUCAGGGCCUACAGGGGCAUGAUUGGCUGAAAUUGAUGGGCAUUAGUGGCGUGACAGAAAGUAAAAAGAGAGAUUAUGAACCGGCCCGCGAAUACUUUACACAUGGCUGUGAAUCGAUCAUUGCAAAAUUUAAAUUAUGGCGUGAUGAAGAAAAACGGAAGAAGUUGGCAAAGAUCACCGCUGGUCCUUGUGAAGCCACCGUGUGCAGUAAGCAAAGCUCCUCUGUCCCGCUUGCAUCGGCAACGUCUGGAAAUAGUUACUAUACUGAAAAUGACUCGGAGACAUUACCAUCUCAACAGCUACACCACAAGGCAACUGUCGCGUCAUCAGCCUUGUCUCUUUCCACAACAAAAUACCAACCCCAGACAGAUUGGCCCUGCACAAGACCCCAGCCAGAAUCCCAAACGGCUGCCUCUAGCUCUUCCGAGUUUUUUUUUGCUAGAUUUAAUGAUGCCGACGCUAAUAGCCAAAAAGAGCAAUGUAAAAAGAUCCCAAGCUGUCCAUGCGUUUAUGUGUGGGGACAUCCACUUUUUGAAUUACCUGAACGAGAGUUUAACCUACCCGAAGAACUUCUUGACCAGGACUCAUUGCGAACACACGCAAGAAAGAAGCGCCGAGCUCAAAGGUUACUUCGAAAAAAUAGUGGCCAAACAUAA